ACGAAUAAAAGCUGCUGUGGUUAUUACAUAGUGAAGUUAUCCGAAGCGAUUGUGAAGCUAAGAUCCUUCUCUUGCAUAGUUACCAGCUGAUCUUAUGACUUUUUUUUCCCAAGAAGAAGAACGCGCCAAGUUUAGUUUUGGAGUUGUGUUUAAACUGACGUUCAAAGUGACACUUGAAGUGACCUGAUCUUAAGUGAGAACAUUUACCUGCGUGAUGUCCAGACCUCACGAACAUGUUAGGUAUUUUAAUAUUUAUACAGGUGGCUGGAGGACACCAAGACAUCGAGAUAAGCGGCUUGUCAUUCAGAGCCUGGAGGCUGAGGAACCUGUGGAUCAGGAGGGCAAAGUGAUGCUUCCAGCUGCUGUAGUUCACCCAUUCACUGAAGGAGAUAGCCCUGCUAAUGCUGUGAGUUCUCAUUUGCUUCAUAGACAUCAGCUUAACUACCAAAAUAUGCCUUCACCCUAUCUCCUGAGUGCAGAGGCAUCUAGUACUCUUCCUCCAGUCCGCACAAAGUCACCCGCAACACCUGUUGUUGGCAGUGUUCUUCCAGCUCCAAAAAACCUUUAUCAUGAAAGAUUUCAAAGUACCCCUAAUAGUCAAGAAAUUGAGUUACAAACACUACGCCUCCAGGUACAAGAAAUUCAGAAUAAGUUGAAUGGGGGCAUUUUGUCAGAUCCAGAAUAUCAACAGCUGCUAAGUGAGAAACAGUCUUUGGAACAAACUCUUGGAGCCACAGAACAUGAACUGCAAGAAUUGAAAGUUGUUUUUGCCAAUUUGGAAGAAAAUGCUACCCAAACAGAAAAGAAACUUAAUCUAAAGCUUAAAGAAACCAAGGAAAAGCACCAGAUCCUGAUAGAGAAAUAUAAUAAAGCAUCAGAAGAACUUAGAUCAGUUAAAGACUACCUGCAGACCAUUCCUACUCAAGCAGAGCAUAUGCAGUUACAGAAACAACUCUCCAAGAAGUCUUUUGAAAUUGCUCAACUUAAUGAGAAGGUUAAUACUAUGGCAAGACAGAUAGCACAGCAAAAAGAGAGAGAAAGUAAGCUGAGUCACAGUGUGGAUGUGCUAAGUCAAGAGAAGGAUGAUUUGUUGCUGAAACUCAGAUUGAGUGAAAGCAUCCUUUCGGACAUUGAGAAUCAAAGAAUUUUAGCAGAGGAGAGAGGAGAAGAUACAAAGGAAAAUUUGUUGUGGCGUCUAAAUCAGUAUGAAAGAGAGUUGGAGAGUGCCAAGAAGUUACUCAGCUAUAGGAAAACUAAGAUCGAAUGCUUAAAUAAGCAAAUCUUAGAGCAAGAUAGAAAAUGUAGUGAAAAGAUGCAGAAGGAGAUGGAAUGCAGUGAAAAGCAAAGGGAGGAUCUUUGGGCCUUGCAAAGAGAACUUGAAGAAUGCAAAUUGACUGAGCAGAAGACGAGAUCUGCAUUCAAGAAUCUUGAGGAAACGCACAAGAAACUAGAGGACCAAUUAAAGGUGUCACAUACACAGAUCAAAGGUCACCAAGAAAUGUGUUCCACCAUUACAGCCUUGUUUGAAAAAAUAAAUUGUGCUGUCCUCACUUUUAAAGAUCUUGUGGAGAUAUCUUCACAAAUAAGUCAAGGAAUACCCCCAGAUCUCUCCUUACUUUUAGGUUUUCCAGACUCUGUGGAGAGGUUAGAAAAUCACAUUUUAACCACAGACGACUUGAAGUGCCGACUGACUGAAGUGAAUGAACUCAUCCACCAACUGGAAAGUAUUCGAGCAACUCUCCAAGAUAAAUAUGCAGGUCACAUAGCUGUGAAUGCUUGUCCUCAAAUGUAAUAUUAGGUUUAUAGUGAGUUUUGGUUAAUGCAGAUACCAAAUGUCACAAGUUAGCUUUAACUUUUGCUAGUAUUGUCUAUUUUUUCAGAAUAACAUACAUAUUUGUUCUUUGGGAAAGGUAGUCUUGACACUAAUUUUGUAUUUUGAGUUGAUAACCUUGUCUAUUAUGUUUUUCAAUGUAAAUGUACAUAAAAAAAAAAAAAAAAAUGGAACUAAUCAGUGAUGAACCUACCCUAAGGAUGUAUUAUGUUCAGUUGAUACCAACACGAAUUUUUCAAGUUUUCUCACAAAAUUUGUCAAUGUAAAUUGUUAAAGUUUUCACACAAAAUUUGUCUUUAUGUAAUAUUUUAUUGUCAUAUUUUCCCAGAUGUAUAUAUUCUCGUUGUCUAUUUUUUCCCCCCAAAAAAAAAUCCCAUCACUUUUCUCUAUCCUUAUCUUACUACAAGUAUCACCUUUCUCCUUACCCUACUCUAAUUCUCCAUAACUGCUUCUUUUACUCCAGCUGUGCCUGCCUGAUCUAUCAUGCUCAACCCAUUUCAAUUAUUGAAUUUUUCUUUUUCCCCGGACUGAUUUGCAUUUCAUCUCUGCAAUUCACUUAUCCAUAAUAUAGAGUAUUCAUACCCAAGCCACGAAACGAAUCUUACAAUGGUAACACCUUUUCAAAGUCUCCACUUCCCUUCUGUUUCUGUAAUGUACAGUAGCACAGGCAGUACAUCCCCUCCGUAUGUUUUACACGGUAUCUUAGUUUUCAUUGCAUUGCUUUGUAUUUCUGCUAGUUUUUACGUGAUGCCAAUUGCAUAGCAAGAUUAAAAAAAAAAAUUAAAAACAGCCUUUAUCAAUUCUGUAAUAUUGUGAUAUAUUUAUAAAAUACAAAAAUAUAUUUAUUAAACAGCAUAUUACAUUGACUUAUUUAUUCAAAUGAAUUUGUCACCAAUACACAGUGAUCUUGGCCAAAAUUCCAAUUUGUGCAGUCCAAAGAUGUCAGGAAUAACUGAACUUGUUUAUUUCUUCAACGUCCCCCUUAGGGGUCCUCAAAGAGAAUAUGACCAAGGCCUUAUGAGUGAGAAGAACUGUGUUAAGGGAUAUAGUCAGUCAUAUUCCAAACUCCAAUCAAUUCAACAUCCUACUGGGAAUUUUCUAAGUACUUUUGCCUGAUCUUUCAGGGACCAACUAAAAUUAAUGGGUAGUAGGCGGCAGCACAGCCAAUAAAUUGGGUAAUAGGGAGGGAGGCGGAUGGUUGAGGUAGACUUAAUCCCUUGGGCAUAACCCCAUGUAGCAAUGUCAGUGUAGUAUAAAACUUAACCCGCUCAAAAACAUCCUACAUGUUCAAAGACAGUCUUGGAGCCUAUUAUAUUUAAUAUAUGGUUUGUUCCUUGGUGAAUAAGAAUACUUGACAAUUUACAAACAGUGGGGCUCCUUCCAGGGGACAGGCCAUUAGAUUGAAGCAUAUUAUUGUACUCAAUAUUUUUUUCCUUGGUUAAUAGGAAUACUUUAUAUUUAGCAUAGGUGGGCUUACUUCCAAGCAACAUGCCAUUAUAUUGGAAAAUUACAAUUUUUGAAUCAAAUUGUAUUUUUCAUAGCUAACAAACCUGAGGUUUGAACAAUAGAAUAAUCAUCUGGCGCUGGCUGCAAAGCCGGUAAAAACAAUGAAAGAUUGUAACACAAGGAAUCUGUGGCAUCUGCCAACUCAUGCAUAUACACAGUGGAUGCUUGGUCAUCAACCAAAAUUGUACCCCAGGCAGG